AUGUCUACAGCAGCGGAAAGAAAGUCGCUGUAUAAUUUAUCGAGAGCGCUGGAUUCUGAAGCAGCAAUUAAAAAAUUUCAAGUAAUGUAUUUAACCUUGGAUUCAACUAUGGAGGCUUUGGGUUCGGUUGUGGAUGAAAUUCAUGAGCUUCAAUUGGAGAUUAAGGCUGAUUAUGUACCGGAUUAUGGUUGGCUUACUGCGAUCAUUCAAUAUUUGGUUGGUAGGUUGUGCGGUCCUGCUUUGGGAAUUUGUGCGGGCAUUUCUAUAAUUGGUGAUAAUUAUAAUAUUGUUUAUAAGGCUUUAACAGAUAGAUAUGAGAACAAAAGGGUUUUAGCGAAUACGUAUUUACAGCAGAUUUUUGAAUUUAGAUCGCUAAACGGCGAGUCCGAGCGAAAUUUGAAUUUGUUUCUGGAAAGGUUUGAUGUUGCGGUUUCAGCUCUUAAAAGAAUAAAUUUACCGGACUUAGCGGAUUUCAUUUUAUUACAUCAGGCUUUGGCAAAAUUAGACAGUGAAACGGUAAGAGCUUUUGAGAUGGAAUUUAGGGAUGCCAAAGAUAUUCCAACUUAUGCGGAUUUAGUUAAUUUUGUACAGUUUCAAUCAAAAAUUUUAUAUCUUAAUAAACCUAGCACGUCUGGGUCAAGUCCUGGUUUAAAGGGACGAAACUAUAAUCCUAAAGAUCAAAAAAUAUUCUUUACCCAACAGGACAACAAGAAGGUUAAUAGUUGUAACUUUUGUCAAAACAAUGGUCAUUAUUUGGGACGAUGCGAACAAUUCAAGGCACUUACUCCCAGUAAAAGGUAUGAAACGGUCAGAGGUAAUGGAUGGUGUUUCAAUUGUUUAUCGGCUAAGCAUGGCGUUAGGGAUUGCCCAAUAAAUAGGGUAUGUACGCAGUGCGAAAAGAAACAUCACGUUUUAUUACAUGCGGGCAGAUCAGAUUCGGCAAGAAGCCCAAGAAAGGAUCCCCCUAGCGCAGCGGGUGAAAAUGGGGAUGGAUUGGAUGCUAGAGAUGGAGGUGAGGUUCUUUCAUGCUCGACAACAGAAAAAAAUUAUAGCACCAAAUACACAACAUUGCUAUCUACGGUGGUCGUUGAUGUGAUUAAUAGUUCGGUUCCGAAUCGUACGGCGCGAUUGCUAUUGGAUUCGGGCAGUCAAGUAAAUUUGUUGACGGUUGAAUGGUGCAAGAAGUUGGGAUUGAAAGUUUCAAAGUGUUUCUCUUCGGUUCAAGGCGAUAAUGCGCAAGCGGUGAGAGGCAUGACAAAUUUAGCUAUUGCAUCUCGGCAUAAUUCAGAGAGGAUAUUUUCUAUCAAUGUAAUCUUGGUAGACAAAAUCACGGACAAACUACCCAGAGAUAAUGUGGAUUUGAGAGCAAUUCCAGGGUUAAAAGGGGUAUCGCUUGCCGAUGAUAAAUUUGAUCAACCCGGAGAAAUCCAUGGGAUUAUUGGAGCAGAACUUUUUGCAACAAUCUUGGGGAAAAAUAAAAUAUUGGGUGUGUCGCGGUCACCAGUGGCGAUUCAAACAGCGUUCGGUUAUGUGGUUAUGGGCCCAAAAAUAAAAUCUCUCGAACAUACCGAUAAGGGACGCAUAAAUGCUACUGAUGUUUUGAAUAAAUUCGUAACAGCCAGCGACGAGCGUUGA